AUGGAAACUGUGAAGAGCAUAAAGAAAAAAAAUCUUGGUACUUAUGAUUUUUCCUUUGACAAUGAACAAAAACUUUUAUUAGUUAGAUGGAACGACAAUUCUGUCGUAACUGUCGCAACGAAUAACUGCACCAUUGAACCUCUAGUAAGCGCAAAAAGGUACAACAGAAAAGAAAAAAGGAAGGAGUCCAUUCCUCAGCCAAAAGUUAUAGCCGAGUAUAAUCAGCAUAUGGGGGGUGUUGAUUUACACGACAACGGAAUAUGCAACUACAGAAUCAAUGUGAAAGGAAAAAAGUGGUGGUGGCCUCUCUUCAUGAAUUUAAUUGACAGUGUUAUUGUGAAUUCCUGGAAAAUAUACAAUUUGGCAAACAAAUCAAAAAUGUCACAGUUAGAAUUUAAGUCUAACAUAGAAGUCACUCUUAUGAAAAUGGAUGAACCAGCCAUCGAAAAUUACAUUCAAGGUGAGGAAAGAACGGAAUCAGGUGACCAUGUAAGCUGUGCUUCAAGACCAAAUUAUGGACGACCAUCAAAAGGCUCAUUACCCAUGGAUAUUCGAUUUGAUGAUAUUGGUCACGUGAUAAUAGAGGAGGAAAAUAAAGCAAGAAGAAGAUGUAGACAAUGCAAAAGCAACACUAUAUACAUGUGUGCCAAGUGUCACGUGCAUCUCCACACAAACUGUUUUGGUCCAUUCCACACUAAAUGUUAA